UCUCACUCUACAUACUGAACUCAUUAUAUAUUUUUGCAUUGACACCACCAGCCUAUUACCCAUUUUUAUCCAUUGCCAUGACCAACGCCAACAAAGUUACUGUUGCUGCUAGCCGCAUGGCGGAAGUAAUUAUCCGCGAAAUACUCACUUACGUCGCCGACUGCUCGUUGGAUAUUACGAAUUGGAAAAAGUGUCUUCCAAUCCUAGCCGUUUGUCGCAAUUGGAGAGAAGCUGCUUGUCCUAUUGCGUAUCGCACCGCGUAUAUUGAGUACAAAGGACAUCGCCGAUGCAUUAUACUGUGGCCAGAAAGCCUGUGUACUGCUGAGGCUUGGUCCAACAAUAUUCAAUUGGCAUAUGUGACUGGAAACUUUAAGUACGUGAGGAGUUUUCAUUUUGGAUUAUACACGCACUCAGUUAUCGGGUGUUUUAUUGAUAAUGCUCAGCAACUGCUGCAGCUGCAAUAUCUCGACUGGUCCAAUGUUACGUCUCUGAGCUAUAGAGGUUUAUUGGAUAAUCCCUCGUUUGAAGAGACAGAUACAGUUGACCAUAUGAUUGAGCUGGUUGCAUAUCACUUGACUGGAAUUGAACAUUUAAAUGUCAAAUUAUUUGGCGUAUUCGCUGGUAAGCCCGUUGCUCAGCAAGUUUUAGUUGAAAAGUAUGCAAGGCAGCUAAUGACUCUCAAAUGCAAUACUAUGGUUAAAGCGCCUGAAUGCGGGUUUUCAAAUAGGUUGACUGCGCUGUCUAUCGGGCUACCUAAAUACCACGCACAAUUAUUCUCGAGCAUUGAUACUCGAACUCUGAAAAGGCUGUGUUUAACUAAUGUCCGAGAAACGUUUAAAUGGAUGUACACUGAUAAUCAAAAUACAAAUCGACUGGCAGAGUUUCCCAACCUGGAAAGCUUGGAAAUGGGAUUUAAUGACCAGUAUGAGAAUGGCAACAAUGCAAGUGAUUUUGAGAGUGAUUAUGAGAGCGAUUAUGAGAGUGAUUUUGAGAGUGAUUCUAAGGGUGAUGGUGAUAGGUCUGCCACAUACCAUCAUUCGUUUUUUAUCGCAGAAAACCAAGCCGUCCAGUUUCCCAAGCUUGAAAAUUUAUUUUUAGCAAAUUUGGUGAUUACUUUGAAGGAUUUACUUGCAGACAAUGUUCAACAUAAAAUUCCCGUGUUUGAAGACCUACAAACAUAUGAAGGCAUAGAAUGGCUAAGUGAAAAACGCACCCAAAAUACGAAAAUACACAUUACAAAGUGGUAUUGUUCCAAGAUGUCAAAAAAAGCAGGGUAUGGUGGAAAAUAUGUUAACUAUGGCAGUUACAUUCGUGAAACUAAUUUGGCACUAGAUGAAGAGACGAUGUGCAAUAUUGGAAAUAGUAUUGCAAUGCAGCCAGGCAAUAUUGAUUGCUCAAGCCUGUGCAAACUCUGCUUGCUCUAUGACAUGGGAAUCAGUGAGAUCAUCGUGAUUUUGCACCACCUGCCAAACCUUACGGAACUGGAGAUAUGUCACUUUGUAUGCCAGGGCUAUGUAGAUCCCGAAGGCCAUGGUAUAAAUAAGGAUUUAGAAAGCCCAGUUCAAUCUAUUUGCAGCAGACUCAAGAAAUUGAUGAUAAAAAAGCGCUGGCAAGUAAAUGAUCCACAUUUGGCAAAUGAGUUGGCCAAUUUGUUUAUUCGGAUUAAUUUGUUGAAAUCAGUGUUUGUGCCGCCUGGUAUUCUCAACAUCAUGGGCGGGCUCGCAGAAAAAUACGGCAGGACAUAUCCUCAUAUGAAAACCCUGCAGUACAACGUGUAUGACUCUGAAUUCUGUUGACGUGAACUGCAACCAGAAUGGGUGUGUUGGUAUAUUGGGAUCGGCUGAUCAACCAGCCUUCAUAGCUGCUGUUGAUCUACCAGAGCUGGAUGCAGCCAGGCAUGAUUACACUACAUUGUUUACCUUUUUAGUUACGCAGUGACACACACC